GCAGCGCCCCGCGCCGGGAUGGAGCUAAGAAGCUCUGGACUUUGGUUACUGUUUCUUUGUGCUCUGGGAUGCGUUACUGCAGAGGAAGAUAAGAAAGUUAUCAGCACAAUAGGCAGCACUGCUGAACUGAGUUGCAUUUAUACUCCAGAGAAAAAAUUCAUUUUAAAUAAGCUACGGGUCUUUUGGCAAAUAGCGGAUGGUUCAAAACCAUGUUCAGUGGUACACACCUUUAAUUCUGGUCAUGAGAACCAAAGCGAGCAGUGUGCAGACUUCAGAAACAGGACUCGAUUAUUUCAGGAUAAGCUGGAAAAUGGCAUUUUUUCUCUGCUGCUGCUAAACGUCAGCCUGAGAGAUGAACACACAUACCGGUGCAUAGUACAGAAGAAGGACGUGGUUUUCAGGGUUAUUCACAAUGCAGAUGUGGCCCUCAAGGUAGCAGCCAAUAACAGCCUGCCAGUACUAAGUGGACCUAUAAGAAUCCACCCAAAUAUUGGAGAAGAGGUGACAUUAAGUUGCAACUAUAGCCAAGGAUACCCAAAGCCAAACAUUUACUGGAUAAAUAGAACAGACAACAGCACCCUCCAUCCAUCAUCAUUAAAGAUCAUCCAAGACAAUGAUGGCACAUACAGUGUUUUCAGCACACUGAAGAUUGAAGCAAAUUCUGAUAUAAAAGUAGGAUGCAUCAUAGAAAAUGAACUACUACAGCAAAAUCUAACUAUCCUCUACUCGGAAAACGUCACAAACUCUAACUCGACCAGAAGCAAUCUGUUAGAUCUAAAUGAACCAGGAGCUCAGGCUGGAGGUGUCCUUGCCAUUGCCAUUGUGUUAGCUGGUCUAGCUGUUUUAACCUGCUGGCUGUGGAAAAGGAAAUUCUCUCACCGGAGAUCAUACGCCGAUGUUCAACAAAAUGAAGAUGGAGCACAGCACAAUAACAGCGAACACACGUUUAAAUGGGAAAUUCUCAGAGAAUUUGGGCAGCUGGUGAUGUACCAAGAGAAUGCUGAAGCUAAGGACGCUAUGUUGAAGCCAAGGACGGCAGCAUUAUCUGCAACACGAAUGACAUAG